UCAAUCUGCACUCAAAGCCGUAUUUUUGCAAUCAUGGAUAACGAAAUAUAUUUUCUCAAAGAGGAAAUAAUCCGUUUAAAAGAAGAAAACGAAAGCUUGCAGCAGGAUGGACAAUUGGCAGGAGAGAUUGGGAAGAAUUUGCUCGAAAAUAACCAGGAAUUGGAAAGAAAACUUGAAGAAGUGAACAACGACUACAUAACAACGUUAGGGAAUCUUGAGGAACUAAAGCAAGAGAAUUAUUCUUUGCGAUCCAGACUUGAGACAGAAGUUCGAACCAACUCAAACCAUGCCCAUGAAUUGGACGACUUGAAGGUAAAGCUUCAAAAGGAAUUCGAAGCGAAAGAAAAAUCUCAACAGAUGACAACAGAAAAAAAGAUCUGUGAACUGAGAAAAGAAAUAGAAUCUCUGCAAAACGAUAUCAGCAAGCACACGCUGGUAGAAAUUCAGCUGCAAGAAAAGAUUAAGAAGCAGGAUGAGAUGCUACAAGCUGCUCGCCGAAGCAGCGAAGAACUACAACACAAAGGACGAUCACGAUUAGAGAGUAUUGAAGAGUACAUCCAUCUAGCCUCCGAGCUCUCAGAAGAGAGGGAUACUUUGACCAUGAAGCUGGCCGAUUUGAAAGAUAGUCAGGAGAGAAUUUUAUUCGACAGAAACGUACUGAAGGAAAGAGUUGAGCAUCUUGAGGAAGAACUCCAAGAGAAGGCUCGACAAGGGCAAACCUGGUUUAACUGUUUACAGGAAGCUCGCAACGAAGCAGGCGAGUUAAAAGCUGAACUUGAAAACCUAAAGGCAGACAAUGCCAGGAGAAACUUUGGAAAACAAGGAAAUUCUCUCUUUGGAGAGGUUGAGGACCAGCGAUUGGAACUUGAGAAGAAAUAUGGUAGUCUACGAGCCAGACACGAGGGUGCGAUGAAAGUGCACAACAUGACGAAACAACAUCUACAGAGACUGAAGAAUCAAGUAGCGACUCUGCUCCAAGUCAAGAGCUGUCAUGCAGACGCCUCACAGAUCCAAAGGCUCACCCAGGCAUUGGUGCAGAAAGAAGGCGAGGUGAAGAUGUUGAACACAAAGAUAUCAAGUCUAGAGAAGCAGAAGGAAGAGCGCAACAUAAGCAGCCGUUUGAUGGAGUUUCACGACGCAUUCUCGGAGUUUGGAGACAAGAAGGACUACGUGAACUUUCUUCAGUUACAGCUUGAAGAUUCCAAGAAAGCCUUGGCAGCACUGAAUAAAGAAUUGCAGACAAAAACAUUACUUCAGUUAUCCGAAACUGACAGACUUCGUCACACUGAACAUCAACUGCAUGUGUCCGAGUCUAAUGUCGAGCGACUGAACGGUGAAAAUAUCAAGCUUAGGUUGAAAAUUGACGACUUACGACUGAAGCUGCAGAGCCAUUCCCAAAAAGACCCUCAAAAUGUCUCUCAAACAUCCACCUCGUCUGGUCUCAGGAAAACAAAAUCCGCCAUUUUGCUCAGUGGGGCCAAUUCAAAAAAUACCAGAACAUCAGCACUCAUAAAGAAAGGACAAGAAAAUACCGUGUCAAUUAAUGCAAAGGUUGCGAAACUAGAGACCUCAAUUUUAAAACCUCCUGUUGUUCUGGUUAACACUCUUGACACAACAAGCAACAAAAAGCAACGAGGCAGCGAUGUGACUUUUCCUUUACAAGUUGAAUCUACUGCAGAAAGUUUAAUUACCAGCAAUGUGCCACGGAAAUUGCCUUUAUCAAGUAAUGACGUCGAAAACGAGGCCAAAAGUAAGGUAGAAUUUAAAAGAAAGCCGAUGGUGCGCUUUCAAACUGCAACGGACGACAUCGAUUUAUCAGAAACUCAAAGCACGCAUGACAAUGCACCGGACUAUGGAGGGCUCUUGAAAGAAAAUUCUCAACCUGAGGAGAGCCACAAAGAACAGAUGCCCUCGGUCACUGUGAGAGGACAGAAAACUGCUCCUGUUGUUAUCAACGUCAAGAAGGGUGAGACCAAAAAUCAAUGUCCCCAGCAAUGAUGGAGGAGAUAAAAAUCUCGAAUUUACGAAAGUUUUUAAAUUUAGAUUGGAAACUACCGAAAUUAAAUUAAACUCUCCCGUGGGAUAUCUGCUUCACUUCAUUAUGUAAAUUGACCUCGUAUUCGGAAUCCGAGGUCAACUCUCAUCCUUCGCUUUCACUCCUUGUUUCGAGUUAAUACAUGCAAGGUAAAUGAAAAGGAAGUUUAAUACAGCAGUCUUUUAUUGCCGUGUCGUUUAAAAGGUUAGAAACCUGCCAUGACUCGUUCCAUUCUUCUUGCAUUAUAUAAGCUAGAGCGACAGUAGUUUACUGGCGCAAGUCAAACCCUUGAUAAAAGGAUUAAAAUAAGUCUUCCCUUUUUUCCUCUGUCGCCAACCUUCGAAUUUCGCUUUUCACAACAGAAGUUAACGCCUUAUUGCAGAUUAAUGGUUGAUGGUAGAGUCAAAUGAUUGAUCUAACCAAAGUUCAGAUAAAAGGGUCUGAUUAAAGAAAAAGGCAAAUUCAGUUGAAGUACAUUGCCAACAUUUAUUAUCACACUUUUAAUUAUAUUAGCCUCUGUGGAGCUCUCUGUCAGGAGACAUGGGGAAGUAAGCCACUUUUUUCCCUUGCUCGCCCAUUUCUCUUUUUCAGAAAAAGCUUUCAUUAGGCAAUAAUUUACUACUAUUCCAGUUUGAAAGUAGAGAACGACUUAACUGAUAAACUAUAGCCAGAACACACUUGGCAUUUGCGAGAAUAAAACCCUUGUGCGCCUACACCUGAGGGAAAUCUCGCACUUAAUUUGAGAACUAACACUAAAUAAGACAAAAAUGAAGUUAUUUGUCAGGGUAACAAAACUUGCACGUUAAAAUAUGGAAUUAUGCACCUUAUCAACUACUGGCAUUCAAUCCAAGGGAAAUUCAAUCAACAACAAAUUACGCCUGCGUAACUUACGAUUUGUGAAGGUAGCUUAGUGACCAAAAAAAUAAUCAAAAUCUUUAGAUGUGAAAAAUUUACAUUUUGAAAAUAAUUUUUUAGUAUCUGCAAUGAUAUAAGAUAUUAAG